AUGGAUUUGUUCAAGGCGCAUGACUUGAAUGGCGACGGCUUCCUUCAGGAGAUGGAGCUCAUUACCCUGAACGAGCGCAUCGCCAUGCUUCAUCAUGGUAAAGGUGCUUUCGAGCUGCAAGAGGUACGAGACACAUACUCGCGCCUCUUCCGGACGAAGCUGGACCCACAGGGUCGACCUGUUCCCUUCGAAAUCUUCCGAAGGCUUGCUGUCGGACUCCGAAAAUUUGGGGGUUCACUACUUGAAGAUAUGAGACAUGAGAAGUUUCAGGUUUCGGGAUUGCUUCAUGUUUGGAGUUGCCUUCUCUGGGUGCUCGGGGUGCGGAUGUUUCCUAAACCCCGUUUUGGGAGCUUUUGCGGCGAGGUGUGCGGGCCGUGUGCUUUUCAAUGA